GUUAUCCGCUCCCCGCUUCGUACCUCCAUAAACUCUCUCCGCUCCGGUUCAGAGCACAGCAAUGGGACAGCUCUGCUGGACCGGACUGGGGCAGUGGUUCCUGGACCUCCCCCCCUUCCCGGCACGCUGACCACCAGCGUCUCCAUGUGCAGCACAGGCAGCAGCGGCAGCAGCCCCGCGGUGUCUCGGGGAGGUUUUGUGCUGACGGCGCACAGCGAGGCUGAGCUGCUGAAGGGGAAAAGGAAGGGCGGGCUUUUUCGAAGAUCCAUCCUGUCAGGUCUCAAGCUGAGGAAGUCAGAGUCCAGGAGCUCUUUGGCCUCCCAGAGGUCUAAACAGAGCUCAUUCAGGAGUGAAGCUGGCAUGAGUACCGUGUCCUCUGCUGCAUCUGAUAUCAACUCUACCAUCAGCCUUGGAGAUGCAGACACAGAGCUGACAGUCGCUGAAGACGAUGUGGACGCCACAGCAACAGAGACCUACUGCGGGGAGUGGAAGAACGACAAGCGGACCGGAUUCGGCGUGAGUCGGCGGUCCGACGGGCUGCAGUACGAAGGGGAGUGGCUCAGCAACAAGCGGCACGGCUAUGGCUGCACCACGUUUCCUGAUGGCACAAAAGAGGAAGGGAAGUACAAGCAGAACGUUUUGGUGAGCGGCAAGAGGAAGAACCUGAUCCCCCUCCGAGCCAGUAAGAUCAGGGAGAAGGUGGACCGAGCCGUGGAGGGAGCGCAGAAGGCAGCAGAUAUCGCCCGGCAAAAGGCUGAGAUUGCUCUUUCCAGGACGGCUCACGCACAGGGUAAAGCUGAGGCGGCGGUAGCAGCAGCUCAGAAGGCCCAGGAAGAGAGUCGCAUCGCGAGGGUCACUGCCAAGCAGUUCUCCCCUUCUUUCCAGCACCCAGGAAAUGGUAUGGAAGUGCAGCGUCCCAAACGUCAAGUGUCCAGCGAAGUGGAGGGCGAGGGUUUGUCGAGUAGCGCUGGUACGGCCGACAGUCCUGACCUGUAUGUGAAGAGCGCAGCCUCUGACGACCCCUCUAACGACGCUGCAACCCCUGAUCUCAGCCCGCCUUCGUCUUCGCCACCCCACACCCCGCCGCCACCUGCCCGGCCGACGCAACGCACCAAGAGUGCCCGUUUCCACCGGCAGAGCGCAGUGGACCAUGGGGACAGGGGAAGGGAGGGGGGAGAAAGAGGUGAGAAAGGUGUGGUGGGGGAGCAGACAGAAAUUCAGGUGUUGAUGGAGGGAGGCAGUGUGGGAGGUGGAGGAGGGAAGGGGGAGUAUCCACGGGCCAACAACUGGAGUGAAGACAAAAGAAGGGGAGUGUUGUCCAAAGGAGGUGGGGUCAGUGGGCGAGGCACUAGCCGGACCAACGGACACAAACACAGCUCCUCUAAUCACAAGUCGCGGGAGCACAGCUCUUCCAAUCACAGACAGGCCAGGUGGACAGAGUCAUCCUCAUCUGCCUCUUGGACGUCCAGCCACAGGGGCGUGCACGGCAGGGGAGGCCGGCUGCUGGAGCAGGACGAGGAGAAAAUUAGCAACUACGAGAUGGAGAUGAAGCCUUUACAGCCCAGAGACUCAACCACCCACAAGCCCCAUGGGCACGGGGAGGAGAGGCACGGUCACGGAGAGGGGCGUUCACACGCCGUACAGCGGCAGAGGCAUAAGAACCGAGAUGGGAGGGAGGGAAGGGAAGGGAAAGAGGGGAGGGAAGGGGGAAAGGACUCAGCGCACAAGCUGGACAGACAGGGGGAGAAGCUGGACUCACGGCCUCUGCGCCGGGACCUCACCCUCUCCCCCCCUCUGAAAUCCUCCCCCAUCACACCGACGCAGAAGGACCACAGCCUCACACAGAGCAAAGGCAAUUCGGCAUACAGCUCCAUCCUGGUUGUCAUGGUGAUUCUGCUCAACAUUGGAGUGGCUAUUUUGUUUAUCCACUUUUUUAUUUAAAGACAGCACCGCUUUCAGAGUCAGCCUACCUAUGCUACAACAACUAUAAAUUCAUAUGAGUAUUACGGCGAAUCUGCUGCCCCUUCGUGUUCCUGGUGAGAUUGCUGCAACCAGCUGGGACCAAGGACGGCUCCACCCUCAUUUGGGCUAAAGGUGGCUAACCCAAACUAAGCAGAGCUUGGUCCGGCCGUCCUGGAAGAAAUGCUGAAGUGCAGAGCCCAAAGGGGUGGACAAAGGAGGGGUAAAGCAGUCCAGAUGACUGGACUGCAGUGAGAUAAUAUAGUCCAGAAACUGGACUUAAGUGAGCUUCAGAGGUUCACGUCAAGACUCGAGUGGGCUGCCUGAUUCUCAGGCACGAAAGCUGCAGCUGGCAUUUACAGCAAGUGCACAGACAGGACUGACCAGACAGACUUUUUCAUCUUCAAAUCAUAGUUUUCAACAGAUUUGUAACUUAAAAUUUAUUUAUUAACAUUUUCUCUCAUGUACAAUACAUUGAUGGAUAUGUUCUUUAUUUUGUAACCCUCCUCCCCUUCUUUCUAAAACUCCUGCCUUUUGGUUCUUCCGCCUGCCCCGGUGUUGUUACUGAUGGUUGUGGGCUUAUGUUCCAUUGUGUUGGCUGAGACACACUCAAGAGCUGCAGAGUGUGUAUGCGCUGUCCAACACAUGCACACACACACACACUCAUUGCUUUUACCCCAUCCUUCUUCUUCUUUAUCUGGUUAAUUUUUAUCGCAUACUGUGUGUGAGGAGGAGCGUGUUUGGAUAUCAUGUUCACAGUGAAAUGCGCGUUUCUAUCAAGCUUGGAUGUUUUUGCCAUCACAGUAUAUGCCUGUGUGUGUAGGCGUGAGGGUGUGUGUGUUUAUGUGUGUGGUCUCAAAAUUGCACAGUGGCCUUUCAUGCUGUUCAUGAACUUUACAAGAGCAUCUCACGAGGACAGAGUCGCCGCACAGCAACAUCUAGCCGACUAGCAUCGGCUGACAGCUGCACUCGCGCCAUCUCUCUCCCUCCCACUCAACCCCACCUCCGCACACACCGGUCAAAGGAUGGAACUUCCUCUGAGUUGGUGGACAUUCACAGCACAGCGUAUUGGCAGAGCCCUGCGCCUGCUGUACCACCAGCUGAGGUAUUUAAAGGAAAAUACCGUUUCCAUCGAAGCCUCACAAAUACGGCUUUCCGACUGCUUCUGUUAAAACCUAACCUGAAGAUAAUGACAACAUCUUUUAUACUAUACUUGCAAGAUGUCUGAAAAAAAUCCUAGUCGCCCAACUGCAUUGCUUUUGUAGAGCAAAUUGAUCCAAGUACAACAAUGCAUGCAUAUGUGCUGUAAUAUCUUAGUUGUGCGUUGAAUCUGGAAGCUUCAGAAGCUUCAGAAGCAAGGUUAGGUUUUGACAGGAGCACAGUUUGGAGAGCGGCCUCUUUCUCAUUGAUUUUACUCAACUAAGCGACACAGAUUAAAGUCCCUAGUUGGAGCUAGGUGAUGCAAUGCUGUUGUAGUAAGCAGUAGCCAGCGCCAAGUGAGGAUUAAUCCUUUCCAUUCCUUAACUUCUCCUUUGCUGAGCAAGACUCUUACUGACACGCAAGACUGUCACAGACAGCUGUCGUGCUUUUUAAUCAACUGGAUUUCUCUCAAACCGCCCAGUACAAUCCCUCUGUUUCUUUCCAUGUGUGCACAUGACUGCUCUGAGAGUAUAUGAACAUCUGUGUGUGUGUGUGUCUGCUCGUCCUUCUCCUCCUUCAUGAUUGGAUGGCUGAAACCCUCACCAUCAGUAACAACUUCCAGGAGGGGCAGAGAGGUUUGCUGUUGCUUUUCUGUCCGACAGCGUUUCUCAGGCUGUAGGCUCAUUUCUGGCGUUUCCCCAUGUUCUGACAACACCUCGGUCUAGAAGCUCUGCUGUAUGUCAUCAGCCUGGUGACGAUAACCCUGCACCACCCUGUUAGUCUGCAGCAUGCUACAGCAUGCCAAGCUCUCUCUCUCUCUCUCUCUCUCUAUAGUUUCACUCUCCUCUUUCUUUCUUUCUUUCUUUCUUUCUUUCCGU